CUAGUCUUCAUGAUCUUUUAAGGUUUGUGUGAUUUACCAUAUGAUUGAUUUUUCUUUUUCAAUGUGCUCUACUUUGAGUUUUCAUUUUGUCCUGAGUCUAUAAUUGAUAAGGCUUGCAGAGAGAUCUACUUAAUUAGGUGCAUGCAAUUGAUGACACUGAAUGAGAUGCAUAGAAUUAAAACAGAGAUAUGAAUUAAGUUUGGGUACAAUAGAGACAAUUAAGUGUCAAUCAUUUAAUCAUAUUAAGUAUGUCAGAGAAUUUCAUCAAUGGCACUGAAUGAGAUGCAUAAAUCUGCAAAGAGAUAUGAAGUUGGGAGAGUGCUUGGAGGAGAAGAUGCAAUGCAAAGGAAAUUGAAAUUGAUACUAAACAAGAUCACACCUCAGAAUCUCAACAUUCAUUUUAAACAAGUGAGAGAGGCCAGUACCAUGGAGACUUUUAGUCUUAGUGAUUUUGUCUUGCAGAUUGUUCGAAGGGCUGUUGCCGAAGAGGUAUACUGUGAAAUGUAUAUAUGUUGAGUUCUUUGGUCUCAUGGAUGAUAUUCUGUCAUAUUUCAACAGUAGCAAGCAAAGAAUUGCUGUCAAAAUAGAGAAAGAAUGUCAGAAGAUAUUUGAUAGAAGUUGUUUGUAUGAUGAAGGUAUCAGUAAAUUAUCUGAAGAGGAAAGGAUGGAUGAAAAGAUCAAAGUGAAAAUUUAUAAGUUUGGAAGUGUUCGGUGAAUUGGGGAAUUAUUCAGAAAGAACAUGAUUCACUCUCAUAUCCUGCUUUAUUGUAUUAGUGUUUUGUUAGAACUGGAUGAAAAUCCUGAUGAGGAAAAUAUUGAAGCUUUAUGCCUCUUGAUGAGUCUGGCAGGUAAGAAGCUUGAUACUGUGCAUAAGAUUUCUGUGGGUAUAAGUUUUUGGAAAAUGGAGAAGCUAUUAAGAAGCCAAAAAAUAUCUUAUCGUUGUCGAUUCAUGCUGAGGAAUUGUAUUGAUCUCAGAAACAAUGGGUGGUAAGAAAGAAAGGAAAUUGAGAAGCCAAAAAAGAUUUGGGAGUUGCACAAGGCUGAGAGGAGAUAUGAAGUUGGUAGAGUGUUUGGCACUGAAGAUGCCAAACAGAGAAAGCUAAGAUCAAUACUUAACAAGUUAACACCCCAGAAUUUGGCAAUCUCUUUUCAGAAGUUAGAAACUUAGAAAAGUGAAUAUCAACCGAAUUGCCGUUCUUUCUUUUUUCGUCUCUCAGAUCUUUCGCAGAGCUUUAUCCGAACCUACUUACUGCCAAUUAUAUGCAGAUUUCUGCUCUUAUCUUGUCAAUGAACUUCCUGUGUUUUGCAGUGACACUGAAACAGUUACUUUUAGAAGUUUACUUUUAAACAAAUGCAACCAGAAAUUUUAUCACAGGGAUAGAACUCAGCCAAAUGUGAAGAACAGAGAAGGAAGUAUUUGAAGUUGACUCAGUGGAGUCAGAGAUCAGGGAACGCUGCCAAUGGCUGGAAAACAUUCAGUUUAUUGGAGAAUUGUGUAGAGUUAAGGUUUUGACAGAAAGGAUACUGGUUCAUUGUAUUAAAAACUUAUUAGAGCACCAGAGUUUUGAUGACAAAGGAGUUGAAGGCUUGUGCAAAUUGAUUAGUUUUGUCGGUGAAAUGAUAGACCUUCCCUCAUUUAAGGAACAUGUGGAUGAAUAUUUUGGCAUAAUGGAGCAGAUAUCAACUGUUAAAAAUUUACCUUACAGGAUUAGAUUUAAGUUGAUGGAUGUGAUUGAUGGCAGAAAGGAUGAAUGGCAAAGAAUGAUGAAAACUGAACAGCUAAAGAACACCGAAGAGAUGCAUAUAAGACUUAGAAAUGAUGAAACAAGUGUGAUAAACUUUGGUCCUUCGGAAGAGAAUUAUGAAGAUUUGGAUGUCAGGGUAGUAAGAAACGAGAUAGAGUUCGAUGAAGAUUGCUACAUUUUGGAGUUGGAUCCUUGCCAGUCACUGACAACUACUGAUCUCAACCACAAACUUGAACUUGCUGAUGAUCAAGAAGAGGAUUUCUGCAUUGUUGCAGAAAAGUGCCAGGUUGCAUGUAGAGAUUAUCCCCACUCAAGACAUCUUUGUUGUACAAUACCCUUUCAACAUGACAAAGCAUGAGAAAUCUUGUGCUCAGAUACUGGUACUAUUUCUGAUUUGGAUCUUUAUCAGAAAUGUGUAGAAUGAACAUGAAAAUUUCACCUUGAUCUUUGGAAAUGUUCAGUGUUAUUGUUACGUAUGCGAAGAACAAGCUCCCUGUGGACUAUGGGAAGGGAAAUCUGGCCAUUACCAUGCUUCUGAUAAAGAAUAUAAGUGGACUCAUCUGAGGCAUGCUUUCAGAAACCAACGUAAAAAAAAUUUGAAAGAUAACUUAU